CUUCUUGGAGCCGGAUCCCAUCAGCUGUAUGUUCCUGAGUGCAGAGCCCCCGCUGAGGAUGGAAAAGAGGUCUCGAAGUUCCUCCAGAAGGUCCCAUAGCCGCAACAGGGACUCCAGCCCCAGAGAUGGCAAAAAGAAGGCAGAGAGAAGUGGAGGGAGCGGCCAAGAUGCCGGGCAGGAAAGACAGAAUUCCAAAAGGGGGAGAAUGAAGGAAGACAAAAAGGAGACCAGAAGCACUCUUGAGGUGGAUAACAGAGUCCAGACCUCCACCGUGGUGGAUGUGGAUGACGUAAUGGGCUCCUUCGAAGAGGAAACUGAGGUGAUGGCUCUGUUGGAAAGUGAGCGGCAAGAGGAAGGCAUAAAAUCUUCCAGCCUGGGAGCUUGUGAAUGGUUUCUUAUUAUCUUGUCUCUCCUUUUCAUCAUUGUGACAUUCCCCAUUUCUAUCUGGUUCUGCAUAAAGGUUGUGCGAGAAUACGAGCGAGCCAUUAUAUUUCGCCUGGGUCAUCUCCUUCCGGGAAGAGCCAGAGGACCUGGUCUUUUCUUUUUUGUACCCUGUCUGGACACCUGUCACAAGGUUGACCUUCGCCUCAAAACUUUGGAGAUUCCCUUCCAUGAGGUGGUGACCAAAGAUAUGUUUACAAUGGAAAUAGAUGCUGUCUGCUACUAUCGAAUGGAAAACGCACCUCUCCUCCUCAGUAGCCUUACCCAUGUGUCCAAUGCUGUCCAGUUGCUGGUGCAGACUACUAUGAAACGCCUCUUGGCACACCGAUCCUUCACUGAAAUACUCCUAGAGAGAAAGAGCAUUGCCCAGGACAUGAAGGUGGCUUUGGAUGCAGUCACGUGCCGUUGGGGAAUCAAAAUGGAGAGAACAGAAAUUAAAGAUGUACGGUUGCCAGCCGGACUCCAAUAUUCACUCGCUGUGGAAGCAGAAGCUCAAAGACAGGCCAAAGUGAAGGUGAUAGCCGCUGAAGGGGAGAAAGCUACCUCAGAAUCUCUCAGGAUGGCAGCUGAAAUGCUCUCGGGAAGCCCAGCUGCUAUUCAACUUCGAUACCUCCACACGCUUCAGUCUUUGUCCACAGAGAAACCAUCUACUGUGGUCUUACCUCUACCUUUUGACCUGUUGAAUCUUUUGUCUUCUGCCAGCAAUAAAACCCAAGGAAGUAUCCCGUUCCCUCAUCCUCCCAAACUUCCAGAGCCGGUGGAUCACAAAAAGAAAGACUCUCCCAUGUUAUGAGAAGGUCCAAGGAGAAUCUGAUUUUUAGGAGAGCUAUCAAACUGGCAGAGAUUUCUCUAUAACAUUCAGCCAAUCAAAAUGCCACAUAUGUCUUUACAAAUGAAAAUUGUUUGUAACACAGGAUAAUAAUAAUGGUAUUUGUUAGGUGCUUACUAUGUACCAGGCACCUACUAAGCCUGGGGUGGA